CAUCACUUCUUCAACUUGCGCCUACGCCGCUUUUCCUUCUCCGGCUAUACGCCUUCCGUCACACUCAAAUUGGCUUCCAAUAAACGGUCGCAUUGUGCCGAUUCUUUUGCCCUCAUUUCUUCAUUUCGCGCCCUUUCACCCCUGAUCUUCCAUUUUUUUCUACCUGUUGAAUUUUUCUACGAUUUUCAACUUUUCUCAUUUAAAUAGCUAGACUUCGGCCAUUUUCCCCUUUGCUCUCUUCACACUUCUACUCGAGGUGCUCCUUCUUACUCUUUAUCCAUAACCCUUUCUAUUGCAAGCAUAAAACUUCGACACAAUGUCUGAAGUCAACGAAAAGGCUGGCGGCGGCGCUUCCGGCGCAAACGAGGAGUACAGCGCUUUGAUCGAUUUCAUUCGCUCUCAAAAAGGUCAAACCAGUGACGAUGAAAAUCAAGAUGAAACCCACAUCGAAAAGAGACGUAACUGGUUGAUGCCAUGGAAGGUAACUGAAGUUCGUGUCAACAAGUUGGGUGAAGUCGAAGAAGUUGCCGCAAAGGUUCCUUCUUCUUGGCUCGAAACCGAAAUGGCCCACGGUAUUUCUGAAGCUGAAGUUCAAAAACGUCGUGCAGCUUUCGGUUAUAACGAAUUGGAAAGUCCAAGUGAAAACUUGUUCCUCAAAUUCCUCGGUUUCUUCAAAGGUCCUAUUUUGUACGUCAUGGAAUUGGCAGUCGCUUUGGCUGGUGGUCUUCGUGAUUGGAUUGAUUUCGGUGUUAUUAUCGGUAUUUUGAUGUUGAACGCUUUCGUCGGUUGGUACCAAGAAAAGCAAGCUGGUGAUAUUGUUGCUCAAUUGAAAGCCGGUAUUGCUUUGCGUUCUGUAGUCGUUCGUGAUGGUCAAGAACAUGAAAUUGAAGCCCGUGAAUUGGUUCCUGGUGAUAUCGUCGUUGUCGAAGACGGUAAGACGAUCCCAUGUGAUGGUCGCUUGUUGGCUGAUUACGAAGACAAGGAUGCCUCAAAAGCAAACGCUAUCCGUGAAAAGGCAGAAGCUUCAAAGAGAAACCAAUCCGAAGAUGACGAUGAAGGUGUUGACAAAGGACCUGCAAUUAUUGCUUGCGAUCAAUCUGCCAUCACUGGUGAAUCUUUGGCUGUCGACAAACAUAUCGGUGACACUGUUUUCUACACCACUGGUUGCAAGCGCGGAAAGGCAUACGUUUUGGUCACAGAUAUUGCCAAGCAAACCUUCGUCGGUCGUACCGCUGCUUUGGUCUUGGGUGGUGACUCAAAGGGUCACUUCCAAAUUGUCAUGGACACAAUUGGUGCUGCUCUCUUGAUUCUCGUCGUCGUUUUCAUCUUGAUGUUCUGGAUCGCUGGUUUCUUCCGCAACACCGGUAUUGCUGAACCAAGGGACAACAACUUGCUCAUUUACACUUUGAUCUUCCUCAUUAUCGGUGUCCCAGUCGGUCUUCCAUGUGUCACAACUACAACCAUGGCUGUCGGUGCUGCUUACUUGGCCAAACGUCAAGCAAUUGUUCAAAAAUUGACUGCUAUUGAAUCUUUGGCUGGUGUUGAUAUUUUAUGCUCUGACAAGACUGGUACUUUGACUGCCAACAAGCUUUCCAUUCACGAACCCUUCACAUCCGAAGGAGUUGAUGUCAACUACAUGAUGGCAGUUGCUGCUUUGGCUUCUUCCCACAACGUCAAAUCUCUUGACCCUAUCGACAAGGUUACCAUCUCUACACUCAAGGAUUACCCAGCUGCCAUUGAAGAACUUGGUACAGGAUGGACUACACACAAAUUCACUCCAUUCGACCCCGUCUCCAAACGUAUUACCGCUGAAGUUGAGAAGGACGGAAAGCAAUACACUGCCGCUAAAGGUGCUCCAAAUGCAAUCUUGAAAUUGUGCGCUCCUGACAAGGAAACUGCUGAUCAAUACCGCAAGGUUGCAGGUGACUUUGCCUCCCGUGGUUUCCGUUCUCUUGGUGUUGCCAUCAACGAUGGUCAAUGGAAAUUGCUCGGUUUGUUGCCCAUGUUUGACCCUCCACGUUCAGACACUGCUGCUACUAUUGCUGAAGCUCAAUCUCUCGGUGUUGGUGUUAAAAUGCUUACUGGUGACGCCGUCGCAAUUGCAAAGGAAACAUGUAAGAUGCUUGCUUUGGGUACCAAGGUUUACGAUUCUCAACGUUUGAUUGGAUCUGGAGGUAUGACUGGUUCAGCUAUUCACGACUUUGUUGAAGCUGCUGAUGGUUUCGCUGAAGUUUUCCCUGAACACAAGUACCAAGUCGUCGAAAUGUUGCAACACCGUGGACACUUGACUGCCAUGACUGGUGAUGGUGUUAACGAUGCUCCUUCCCUAAAGAAGGCUGAUUGUGGUAUUGCUGUUGAAGGUGCUUCCGAUGCUGCUCGCUCUGCUGCUGAUGUCGUUUUCUUGGAUGAAGGUUUGUCAACCAUUAUUACAUCUAUCAAGGUCGCCCGUCAAAUUUUCCACCGUAUGAAGGCUUACAUUCAAUACCGUAUCUCUUUGUGUAUCCACUUGGAGGUCUACUUGGUUUUGUCAAUCAUCAUCUUGAACGAAGUUAUCCGUGCUGAUUUGAUCGUUUUCAUCGCUUUGUUCGCCGAUUUGGCAACCAUUGCUAUCGCUUACGACAACGCUCCUCACGCACGUGCCCCUGUCGAAUGGCAAUUGCCCAAGAUUUGGGUCAUUUCCACCAUCUUGGGUUUGCUCUUGGCAAGUGGUACAUGGAUCUUGCGUGGUACUUUGUUCUUGCACAACGGUGGUGUUAUCCAAAACUUCGGAAACACACAAGAAAUCUUGUUCUUGGAAGUCUCUUUGACCGAAAACUGGCUCAUUUUCGUUACCCGUCUUGGUGGUGGUGAAUCUGAUAUCACUUUGCCAUCUUGGCAAUUGGUUGGCGCAGUCUUGGGUGUCGAUGCCAUCUCUACACUCUUCUGCUUGUUCGGUUGGUUGUCCGGUGCACCACACCGCAACCCAGUCACCGCUCCUCACGGUGGAUGGACCGAUAUCGUUACCGUCGUUCGUGUUUGGGCAUACUCUUUGGGUGUUACCGUUGUUAUUGCCCUUGUCUACUACACAUUGUCAAGAUGGUCAUGGCUCGACAAACUUGGACGUCGUUCAGUCGGACAAAAGAACGAAUUGUUGGAAGACUUCUUCACCAACUUGCAAAGACUUACAAUCGUUCACGAAAAGGAUGCCGAUGGAGGUGAUUUGUACGCAUUCCAAACUCGUUUGGAUGUUGAAGAAGAUUAGAUAAAAUCAUCUUGAGCAAUUUCAUCAACAAAAUAUUCUCAUCUUUUUCCGCUUUCGUCUUCUUUGCAACAAAUAAACAACCCUACAACAUAUACACACUUUGAACAUUAUCAAAUGCUCAAAGUCAAACCGUUUCGUCCAUAUUCUUAUCUCACAACAAACACACAUUCUCUAGUACAACAUAUCCUCCGCACAGAAAUGCUUUUUAUCUCAUUUUUGAUUAUCAUACAAUGAUGCGCGUAUACGAUUUCUUUUAAUAUCUCCUCUGCCUUUG